UUUCCGCACGGAUCUUUAUUCACGUGGCACCGCCCAUGCACAUGUGUAAUCAAGCAGCUGGGUAACUUCUAGAAGAGGUGACGUUAUUACAGCCAGCAGUAAUCUACUGUCACAGCUUCUUUAAACCUUAUAAACAACAUUUACAUAUUUAGAUCCAGCAUGGCUCAACAACAGGACAGCGAUGACGACAUGGACGGGUUUUACGACAAAUUCAAGACCAUGAAAUAUAAAAACGGCUUCAGUGAAGACAACUGGGAGGAGGAGUUUGAUGCAAUCCCUAUGUUCAUGAAAAAAGCCCCUGAAGAGAUUGACCCAAAGAAACACCCAGAACUAGCCUGUCUGCAGGCCAUUAUCCAUGACGAAGAUAGACCUCCAGAAGAGCAAGCAAAGAGCCUGAAAGAUGAGGGCAAUGCAUAUUUCAAGGAGAAGAACUAUGAGAAGGCCAUACUGUCCUACACAGCAGCUUUGAAGAAGAAAUGUGGAGACCAGGAGCUGGACACCGUCAUCCUCACCAACCGGGCUGCAGCACACUUCCACCUGGGUAACAUGCGCUCUGCGUUGAACGAUGCUGCAGCUGCAAAGAAGAUCAAACCAGACCACCUUAAAGCUUUGAUCAGAGGUGCUCAGAGUUGUAUAGAGCUGCGUAACUUUGCAGAGGCCAUCCACUGGUGUGAUGAGGGGCUCAAGGUCCAUCCCACUGACAAGAAGCUGCAGGAGAUGAGAGCAACAGCAGACAAACACAAGAGAGCCGCAGAGAGAGAUGCCAGGAAGGCCAAGAUCAAAGAAAAGAAACUGCAUGGUGAGAAGGAAGCUCUUUUGGCUGCUAUAAAGGAUCGAGGCAUCAAGCUCCUCCAGUCGUCAAAGCCUCAUAAGCGUGGUUCAGACAGCGAGGAUGAGGAUGAAGGCUCCUCAGCAGCGAUAUCACAGCUGAGACUGGACGGCCUCAGCUCUCAGGACGCCACGGGGGCUCAGGUCUUCCUGGACGAGCAGCGCUCUCUGCACUGGCCGGUUCUCUUUCUCUAUCCUGAACACCAGCAGACGGAUUUCAUCUCUGCUUUCUGCGAGAACAACUGUUUCACAGAUCACCUGGCGGUUAUGUUUGGAGAAGAACUUCCACCUUGGGACGCGGACAGAAAAUACCAUUCACAGAAUUUGCAGCUGUACUUUGAAGAUGAGGAGAAGGAGACAUUCUACCGAGUAAACCCAGAGACGUCACUUUUACAAGUGUUGCAACAUAAAAGGUGUUUUGUGAAGGCAGGCACUCCCAGCUUCAUAGUUCUGGCGAAGGACUCGUCAUUCUUGAAGCAGUUUUUAACAGGAAAGAAAAUACGAGGAGUGUAAAAACACAUUGGACUUUAAAUCUUGGGACUUUUAAUACACUGAAUUGUCUUUUCAACCCCAGAGGACAGACUUUGUCCUUGAAAAAGACACAAAGGAAAACAACAAACAAGUCUCUUUUGGUCAAGAGCAGGACACUUCCACCAAAUAUCAGUAUAAAUGAAUAUAAAACAAAUAAAAGUAAUCCAUGUGGAUACUUUGUGUUUCUGUCUGUGCAAAUAUAAACCACAGAUUGCACUUAAUCAGACAAAUAAAUCACAAACAUUAAACAGAACAAAACAUGUGUAAAUAAGUUAUGUAAGUGCUUGUAAAUUUGACUCUAAUUUGAAUUAUGAUAUCAAUGUAUUCAUAUAGCCUAACUAUCAUCAUUAAUUUACACUGGCCAUUGAUGCUAUUGUAUAACAUUACAAUAUCAAUAUGAACAUCUCAAACUUCAAAAUAACUUAAAUUAUGCACUAAUUGAAGGUUAAUUUGUCUCUGUAUAUAAUAAGGUAAAUAGAAAGUGUAACCAGGUGCGUCAUGGCUGACCUUUGGAUGCGCGUCAGGCCGUUUGAAGAGAGUGCGUCUUUAGACAGCGUGCUGGUGUUGGCAGAGACCGAUGAAUGGGGCAGGACGCGUAGCCUUAUAUGGUAUCAUUGGGGCGUUAAUUAUGCUAUUUUACAAUUCUCAUGAACGCACGCUCAUUUAUGCACAGGUGGUAUUCAUCAUGUUUACGCAGGUCAUUUACACGGUUAUCUGAAGUUAGGAGCGUUUGCUGAAUCGGACGUGGCACACUCGUA